AACUGAGAACGUACCCUGGCAACGUGCCUUUGUGUUGUGAUUGGGUUUCUGGUUACCAUGUGAUGUCCUUUUAAGAUGUUUGCUUGUAGCUGAAUGACUAUCUGCGAUCAUGGCUGGAAAAAGAUUUGUACAGUGCAGUGGCUGGGACGGAGAUGAGUGAAGAGGACCUCUAGUAUUUGUAAUGCGUAGUUAGAUAAUUUCCACAGCGCUUAAUGAAACCAAGGGGAAUGCAAAUAUUUUCUGCUGCAGGGCUACACCUUUUCUUUGGGCAUGGAUUUCGAAUUGGAAUGUCCAAAUGACGUCUCGUUUACUCUUUCAGCCUAGACUGAGCAGAGCAAACCUUAAACAUUCUACUGUCCUUUCAACUUUGUUUAAAAUGGCAGACGACAUAGAAUUGAUAGGAGCCUGUGAAUUAAUUAAAGAUCGAUUAUAUUUUGCUACCCUAAGAAGCAAACCAAAAAGCACUGCAAACACACAUUACUUUUGCACGGAUGACGAAUUCGUCUAUGAAAACUUCUAUGCAGAUUUUGGACCCCUCAACUUAGCCAUGCUGUACCGAUACUGCUGUAAACUCAACAAAAAGUUGAAGACAAUCUGUAGGUCUGUCAUAUGUAGAUGUUGGUCAAUGUUGAAGUCCUUCACACUGACCAGGAAGAGAAUUGUGCACUACACCGGCUUUGACCAACGGAAAAGGGCUAAUGCUGCUGUUUUAAUUGGUGCCUACGCUGUCAUCUAUCUGAAGAAGACUCCAGAGGAAGCCUACAGGGCACUGAUCUCCGGCUCCAACGCCUCAUAUCUUCCCUUCAGGGACGCCUCAUUUGGAAAUUGCACGUACAACCUGACGAUUCUCGACUGCUUACAAGGAAUACGGAAGGCCCUGCAGCAUGGAUUCUUUGACUUUGAAACGUUUGAUGUGGACGAAUACGAGCAUUACGAGCGAGUGGAAAACGGAGACUUCAACUGGAUUGUGCCUGGGAAAUUUUUGGCCUUCAGUGGACCCCACCCUAAAAGUAAAAUAGAAAAUGGCUACCCUCUCCACGCCCCCGAGGCUUACUUCCCCUACUUCCGGAGGCACAACGUAACCACGGUGGUGAGGCUCAACAAGAAGAUCUACGACGCCAAGCGCUUUACGGACGCUGGCUUCGACCACUACGACCUGUUCUUCGUCGACGGCAGUACGCCGAGUGACGUCAUCACCCGCCGUUUCCUGCACAUUUGCGAGAUCACCGAUGGCGCUGUGGCUGUCCACUGCAAGGCUGGCCUUGGUCGAACAGGCACCCUGAUAGGCUGUUACCUGAUGAAGCACUACCGCUUCACUGCAGCGGAGGCUAUCGCUUGGAUCAGGGUCUGCCGGCCAGGCUCUGUCAUUGGUCCUCAGCAGCACUUCCUGGAGGAGAAGCAGGCGGCCAUGUGGCUGCAGGGGGAUGCCCAGCGAUCGCAGCAGAAGCCAGCGAGGGCCGUGUCUCAUCUCAUCUCCAGCAUGGACGACCUCUCGCUCAGCGCCGGCCGCACCACGGGCCGCUCAGCUGGCAUCCUCCGGUCCCACAGCACCGACCGCCUCCAAGAGAAUGACUACAGUGGGGAGAACGGGCUCUGCAUGACCCAAGGAGAUAAACUGCGUGCCUUAAAGGGCCGGCGUCAGCCAAGGUCUGCCACGACAGGAGCACUAAGACUUGAAGAAAUGAAACUGCACACCAGGUCACCGUCCCAACCUUUUAGUCGGAUGAAUCCUGGAGUGGUCACUCAGGGCACCAUAUCACCCCUCAAGUCCUCCAAAGUUCCAUCCUCCCCCUUUGCCUCCGCCACCGCCAAGAGAAUCAGCCGUAACUCCUCCUCCUCGGCAUCCAACCUGAAGAGCUCCAACUCCAGGCUAGCCAGCUCCUUAGGCAACCUGUACGCAACCGACGGCAGCGAGGACAAUAGAAAGCCGCCGUACGCCCCCUCUUCAUCGCCCUCCUCCACUCCCCCCUCCUCCACCGUCACCACCUCCAUCCCUCCAUCAGGCCGGGCGGCCGGCGGUCACGGCUACAUGGCGAGCCACCUCCACCACCACUACGAGGUCAACAACAAUCAGUAUAACUCCUCCCCCCCUGGGGUGUUCGGCCACGGCGGUCCAGCAGUGGCCCCCCACCACGCUGCCGGCAGGUCGGGCCCCGGGGUUGAGGAGUACAGCUCCUACAGGCCUCAGCAAGGGGGCCACGCUGGGCUCAGUGGACCGUCUGGCCGAUACCUCAGCCGCUCAAUCCCUUCCCUUCAGUCUGAAUAUGUUCAGUACUAAAGCCGUGGUUCUACGUUGAUCCACACCGGACUGAUAUAGUGACCCUUGAACUGCUGAGCUGGACUGGAUGGAGCCCCCCCCCCCCCCCCACACACACACACACACACACACAUACCUAAAGGGAAGUGAAUAAACCAGGAUGUGCCGUACUGAUGUUCUACUCUCUUGGCAUCUGGAUGGGCGUGGUCUCUGGGGACAGGCGCACAGACUCCCAAGGGCUCAAGGGCCUUUGUGCUAUAAGCCCCGAUCUACCUGAAGUCUUCGGUUAGCGCCUCGAUCCGUCUUAGGUGGACUGAAGUCCCUGUUAGGGUAAUGCUGACAAAGGGCAAUUGACCCAGCUUUGUAAAUUCUGGCUGGCUUUGAUUAGCCUUGGCCGGGCUGUAGCUAUGUGAGCGUGUGGUGUUUACGGCUGAGACGUGGAUUUAUACAGUAUGCUGUGUAGGCCGUCCACCCUCCAGGCAUCACACAGUUCAGUUUCUUUCCAAUAUGUGCUGUACUCUAUACACAUGACCUGUACUGAAGAGAGUGAUUUUUAAACAACAUUUUAUACAUGUAGCACGGCAUAAUUGUAUUGCCUAGGUAAAAGAAUGUUUAGUUACGAAUGGUUAUAGAAAACGUUGGGGUUUAUGACAGCUCUGUUUUUGUCUUGGUAUGACUAAUUCACUAACAACGUGACAAGUUAGGGAGGGAGUGUACCAUGUCCUGCGAACCACCUUCCUGAUGAGCAAUGUAUUGUAAUGCAUUUGCAACAAGGUGUGUCUGUGUGUGUGUCUGUCUGUGUGUGUGUCUGUGUGUGUGUGUCUGUGGGUUAGGUCUAACUAUACUCAUGCGACCAAAUGUCCCCAUGAGUGUAGUAAAACCAGAAUGAAAUGUACUCACGGGGACUCACUUUUGCCAGUCCCCAAGAGGCAAAAUUUAAAUUCCUGACUCAGGGUUUAGGGUCAAAUUUACAAUUCAUUUUAGGGUUAGAAUUGGGGUUUCUUUAAGGUCCAGGCGUUGUUGGUUAUGGUUAGGCAUUACAUCUAGGUAAUGUUUAGGCAUAAAUGUUACUUUAUUGAGAUUAUUUUAUCCAUUUACUGGAUUGAUGGGAUUUAGUGAUUUAGUACCCCUCCUCCAAUGGAAAUGAUUCAUGCUCCAUGUUCCCCUCUGCCACAAGUCUACCUGACUCCUGUGGUCUAAUGGAGGAUCAAUGCACGAAAGUGUCAGAAGAGCGGGACGUGGCUGGUGCCGUCAUAGAAGCCCGUGUCACGUAGGCUUUGGGACUAAUGUAGCCAUGUUGAGCAUGAACAGCCUCCUGGUUUGUUCAGACGGAGGUCUUAGAGGAUUUAAAGGUCUGUCGCUGGGUCGUCAACACCCACGAUGCAAACCUGUCUCUCCGGUCUACUCUGUACCAGGCAGCUGAGCAACUCUGUCCGGGUGCAAGAACCCACCGCAAUACUGGUCUUCUGAAGUCAAAACGUGUGGUUUUAACGAGCACAUUUUCAGUGUUAUUUGACCCUCAUUGACACACUGGAUCACAGUGUGUGAUUUCUGUGGCAGCCUAUUUUUAACAUGAGUGAGUGCUCGCACCUACUGUAGAACCAAUUAUGUUGUGUUGGUAUUAUUAAGGCACAACGGCCACGGAUGUCCUCUGCUAUUACCGAAAUGUGUGCAUGUUUUGUGGCGUGGUUUAGUGUCGAAUGUAAAAACAACACACACUUCCUUGUGUGUUAUGAUUGUUGAAGAUUUCAACAAUGCAGGUGAAGUUUUGACUGGAAAGCACAACUUUCCCUUAUAAUACUGUCUUUGUUAUCCAAUGCUGAAUGUCAGUGGGUGGACAAUGCGACGGUCAUUAUCAAAGUGGAUUUCUACCGAUGAAUAAGGCAGUACUAAGUACAUUUUCUGUUGGACCUUUUAUUAACAGUGCUUCCAAAUACAGUACCAGUCAAAGACAUGGCCAUCUACUCAUUCAAAAUGUCUUUAUUCUUACUAUUUUCCACAUUGUAGAAUAAUAGUGAAGACAUCAAAACUAUGAAAUGACACAUGGAAUUGUUUAGUGAUGUAUAUUAUAUAUUCUUCAAUGUAGCCACCUUUUCCCUUGAACUCAUGAAGCUGGUUGAGAGAAUGCAGUGUUUGUAAAGCUGUCAUCAAGGCCAAUGGUGGCUACUUUGAAGUAUCUACAUUAUGAAAUGUAUUUUGCUCUGUUUGACACUUGGCCCCUACAGUAUUCCAAGUGUUUUAUUUAAUAGUUUUAAUGUCUGCACCACUAUUCUGCAGUGUGGAAAAUGGUCAAAGUAAAAUGCCCUUGAAUGAGUUGCCGACAUUUGACUGGUACUGCAUUUGGAUAAAAAAUAUAUAUUUUUAAAGCCUUCUCAAACUAUGUUGUUGAAUAUCGAAGUUGAUUGAAAAACAACUGGUAGAGAAGUCUUUUUAAGGCUGAUCUUUUUGUUUUGGAUUGUUUUAGAAUUGUACAUUCC